GUGCGAGUGCGAUGAGGAGAAGUGUCAGAGAUUGAGGCCAUGGGCUGCACCUCGGCCAAGCAGGUGUCGGCCGUGCCCAACGAUGAGGAGGGACGCGGCAAGGCCUACAGCAACGGGGACCUCCUCUCUGAUGAGUACAAGUUGAAGGGAGUGGAGGAGGUAAAGUACAUGAGAGGGGAAGAGAAUCGAGUGAAUGCACGUAACCAGGAGAAUCUGGAGAAAAAUAAUGAAGAGUUCAGAGGCAAGCAGCAGAAAGAGGUGGCCACAUCGAACCUCAAGUCUAAUAUUCACACGUCAGAGAGCCAGCAGGAAUUCUUCAGGAUGCUGGAUGAGAAGAUUGAGAAGGGACGUGACUACUGUUCAGAGGAGGAAGAGGAAGAUGGGACAUAGCACAUAGGCUCCCAAAAGUCGUCAUUACUUUGUGUGUGUGUGUGUGUGUGUGUGUGUGUGUGUGUUAAUGAGUGUGGCUGAAUGAGAACGUGAGUUUAAUCAGUGUUUUACCGAUCUAGGCGUUGUUUUGACGGGACACUGUCGGUGUGAGUGAGUUUAUAUGAACGUCUGGCUAAAAUAGUACUUUUAAGCGCAAGAAAGAGAGAGAAAACUUUCUUCCGAGACUACCGCCCUCCCUGUCGCCUCAGCCCUUCAGGCCUCUCUGCAGACAUACGGAGGUGGUGAAGCGAUGAACGGACUGACAGAUGAAAGGAGGGAGAGAUGGAGGAGAGACGACAAAUGCACACACACUUGUUUUGUGGACAGAGUGAAGGACCUGUCACCGCCGGGUGGGACGCCUCCAUCCCUCCUUUCUUGUCUAUCUGUCUCAGUGGCCUGAUGCUGAGUGUGUAAACUGCUGUUGGACAAUGGAUUUAAACGUGGAGGCCAAGUGGAGAUGAGCAGCUUAGUAGAUGUGUCGAGGACUAAAAACACAUUUCAAGAAAAGAGUCAUGGACCUUUGCUGAGAUUCUCAGUGAACUUUGUCGCUGAACUACCUGCAGUCUGACAACUAAGGACCUUGGAGGGUGAGAGAGGGGAGGAGGGGGAAUGUGGGAUAUUUUAAUAAGAGAGAGCAUAGGGAGUGAGCUGGUAAUUUAGAAACUCUAAAACUCCUCCUGCCUUCUGAAGUCAAGAACCUUAUUUUAAUUAUUAUUGUUGUGCCACAGCCACUCAUUCCAUUUUAUUUUCUAAUUUUUAAUGUUAUUUUUUCCCAGCUUUUAUUCUUGACUUCCAUCGUUGUGCAUCGUGAACAAAGUCGUUAUGAUUCUCAUCAUCACCGUGAGCAACCUGAGACUCUAAAAUGUAUACCGUCUGUGUCUCCGCUCAAACCAUUCUCCUUUAUGAGGUCCUUCCCACACACACACACACACACACACACACAUUCAUUUAUGUUUAAUUUUCUUUGAAAAACACAUCACACACUCCCUUGCAUAACACACGCACAUUCCUGUUUGUUCCACCUGCAGCAACCAGAAGUAUUCCAUAAAGCUCCAUUUCUGCUUUCAGUAAGUGCUCUCAAACACACACAGGUUAACGCAACAAGCCGAGAUUACCUCAAAGGCAAGUUGUGUGGUUGCCGUGGAGACACAGAUAGGUAACUUUUAGUUAUCAUUACUUGAUAUGUCCUGUUGUAUUAUUUUUAAAUACUUUUUUCUAUUAAAAUAAAAAAUCCC